CUCUCGCGAGGUGCGCACACGCAGCAGCGAGUCUGAAAAGAAUAUAAUUUUAUAAAAAAAAAACAAACACAAGAAAAAGCUCCGCAAACAACAUGUAUCUGGAUACGAAAAACAUGACAUCGGGCAACACAACCGCCUUGACAGCGCCAGCAACCGGAAAUCAAAAGGCCACACGGCGCAUGCGCAACGUUUGGCUACCCCUGCGUCGCCUGCUGAAAGUGGGCGGCAAAGGCAAAGGUCGCCACCCCACCCAGCUGACCUUGGCCCAUCCCAACAACGUGGAUCUCAACAACACACAGCAGCAGUUGGUCAUCGAGGAAGAGGCUAAGACUUCGCCAGAGGAGACUACACACAAAUAUGGCUUGGAACUGAGGGAAGUUCCGAGGGAGGAGACCGAGGAGGAGUUGCAGUCCCCCACCCAACCGCCCAACACGCCCACCUUGAUUAGCAGCGUCUAUGUGGACAAGGUCAGCGCCCAGAGCUGCGGCAACUGUCAGCAUGGAAGGAAUUGCCAGCACAGACAUCACAUCAGUAGCAGCAACCUCAACAGCAGCAGCAACAUCAACAGCAGCAACAUCUCCGCCAGCAACUCCACGAAUGCAACACAGUUGCCCAGCAAUCUCUGGGAUCUGCAGUUGCCCCUCCAGUACAUCAGCACCGACAAUGGCACCUUCUUUUGGGCCAACACCCAGGAUCGGGUGGACGAUGAUCUCCUGCACGCCUUGCUCUGCCAGAGCUUCAGUCAGCUGCCCGGAACCCUCUGUUAGUAGUUAGUAAAACGCCCACAAAUACACCUCAUCCCAUCACUAAACAGAUCUCAACCUCAACCGGGGGUCAUACCCCUAAUUAUUGUAAUUUUCACUUAUUUAUUCCCCUUGCGCAAUAUUUACGUUGUUAAUGUGAUACUAAUUUGCAUAUAAAAUAAAAUAUAAACACUCAAUUUGUACCAUACAAAUGGAAAGAAGAAGAAAA